AACCCAAUUUCUGUAUUUCCUCCAAGAGUUUCGAAUCCAACCGACCCACUCAAUCUCUGAUAGUUUUCUGCAAAACAUAUUUCAUCGUUGCAGAAUCUGUACACAAGAGUUUGGCAGUUCAGCUUUAAUCACAGGAAAUGGCGGAUUUCCUUUCCGAACCGAUUUCUAAACUCUCUGAUGCCGUAAUAUUUGUAGCAACAACAACAGCCGAUUUCAAACCCCAACUGGAGCAACUCAGUAUCACCUUACAGAGAAUAACAUCUAAGGUUGAUGAGAUAACGAAGCUGAAUCGGGAAUUAGAUCGUCCAGAGCAAGAUUCCACGAUGUUCACAUCUAUAAUCAAAAAGGCAGAAGAUCUUGUCAAUAAAUGCUUGAAAAUCAAGUGGAAUUAUUUUAAGAAGUUCACUCACUCGCUGAAGCUAAAAGAUGUCAAUAACAAGUUGUUAAGAGUGUUUCAACUUGAAGCUCAGGCGGAUCAAUGCAGGGACGGUAAGGAGACUCUACUAGAAGUGAAAGCUGUAAAGCUAAGAAUGGACAGUUUGGUUUCGAAUUUGGAAGAUUUGCGACAGAAAUGUUCUCUGUCGAGAAGGGAACAAGUGAUUGAACGAAAAAAGUUGGGUUGGAGGGUUCCCAAACUUCCUAAAGACAUAGUGGGGUUCGAUGAGCCACUAGCAAGGCUCAAGGCUAAGGUUAUUGCUGAUAAUGAUGAUGAUUCGGUGGUGGUUGUUUCUGCUGCUGGUGGGUGUGGGAAGACUACUUUGGCCAAGAUGCUAUGCAAUGAUCCUCAAAUUCAAGAGAAAUUUGGAGAGAACCUCUUCUUUGUGACAGUUUCUGCAACACCCAACUUCAUGGUAAUUGUCAAUGAUCUCCUAAAUCCAAAUUCCUUGGGUCAGCAAGUUGGGUUUCAAAGCAGUGAAGAUGCAAAGAAUAAGUUGGAGAACUUUUUGGGCGAGAGAGUACCAAGUCCCAUACUUGUAGUGUUAGAUGAUGUGUGGUCGGAGUCAUUUAUCAACAACUUUGUGUUCGACAUUGGGAGAUACAAAAUUGUGGUCACUUCUAGGAUGGUCAUUACAAAAUAUCAUGUGUUCAAAUUUGACCCUUUGAGCGAUGAAGAUGCCAAGACUCUCUUUUGCCACUCGGCAUUUACUGAAUACAAGAGGAAACCUACUCCUAGUAUUGAUGAGCAUCUUGUGGAUCAGAUGGUAACAUGUUGUAAGAAACACCCCCUCACCCUUUUUGUGGUCGGUGGUUCAUUAAAUGGGAAAGAUGAGUCAAUCUGGAGACAAAUGCUAAAAGAAUUGUCUCGAGGUCAUUCGGUUCUGGAUCUAAAUGAGGAAAUACUUAAGCGUUUAGAAACAAGCUUUGAUGCCUUGGAUAACAAAUUCAAGGAAUGCUUUUUGGACUUUGGGCUAUUCGUAGAAGAUCAAAGGAUCCCGGCUAGUGUUCUCUUGAAUAUAUGGGUGCAUUUGUACAACCAUGAUGAUAAAGGCAAUGAUACCCUCGCCAAGAUAUUUGAACUUUCCUACAGAAAUCUUGUCACUCUUAUGAGAACAGGUCUUAGGAAAGAUCCAGGCUCAAUAGUUAACUACUGUGAGCAGCAAUAUGUCACACAACACGAUUUGCUUAGGCAGCUUGCUAUUAACUUGAGUGGCAAGCUACCCAUAGCACACCGGAUAAGAUUGAUUAUAAAUGCACAAGGAGAGGACCUGCCUGAUUCAAUUUCGCAAAUGCAAGAACCUAUGGAAGCCCGCAUAUUGUCAAUUUCGACAGGAGAGUCAUUCGCCUCAAGAUGGUGCAACAUCAAAGUCCCUGAGGUUGAAGUUCUUGUAUUGAACUUGAUGUCGAAGAUGUAUGCCUUACCCCAUUUCUUGAAGGAAAUGCAAAAGUUAAAGAUUCUAAAUGUCACAAACUAUGGUUUAUACCCAACGGAAUUCAAGAAUUUCCAUCUUCUUGGCUGUUUAUCCAAUCUAAUGAGGAUUAGACUUGAACGCGUUGCAAUAUCUUCCUUGAGUGGAUCCACAUUAGGUCUGAUAAACUUGCAGAAAGUAUCAUUCAUAAUGUGCAAAAUAGGCAAUGCUUUUGAGGAACUCAGCUCCAACACCUGGCCAGGACUAGUUGAAAUUGAGAUGGAUUAUUGCCAAGAUUUAGUGGGGUUCCCAUCGAUAUUGUGCAGCAGUGUCCACCUUAAGAGGAUGAGCAUCACCAACUGCAAUGAGAUGUGUGAACUUCCUGAAGAAAUUGGUAAUUUGACUAGUUUGGAAACACUGAGUCUUUGUUCUUGUACAAAACUGGAAAAGUUGCCUGAAUCAGUCACAAGACUUGAAAAGCUAAGCAUCGUUGACAUUUCUGAUUGUUUAAGCUUGACCGAGUUGCCAGAAGAGAUAGGAAAGUUAGGUGGUCUACGUAAGAUUAACAUGAAGGGUUGUACAGGAGUACAUGAGAUACCAACAUCUGCAAAGGAGCUAUCUAACACACAAGUUAUCUGCAACGAAGAAAUAUCGUACCAAUGGCAGGAUUUCUGUAAUGUGGAGGUAAUUGUGGUGGAAGAAGAUAGAUUAGAAUCCCUUAUGAGAAUCAUUUGAAAUCCACACUUGUAAUGCAAAUCUAUCCUUGUAUUAUGUUCUUUAUUGGACUUGAUGUAUGUUGUUUGUAUAAAUGUCACUUGCUGAGUUUGUGAAAAACAGAACCAUGGAUAUCGCAACUCGAGAUUUCUUUAGUGUCAUGAUAACAUCUCUUCAAUAGCAACCUGUGUUGUGUGACAAAUUGCUGCUCUUACAAUAAGUUUACAACCUAGCUGAUCUACAAACAUCUGUCAACCAACUGUUAGAAGUCUAAACCCAAACACAUUCAGGUUGACUUUGACUGGAGGGGUAAAUGUUAUGUUGGUAUGACCUAUGAAGUUAAAGAUCUUUUAUGUCUAGUUUUCAAUAAGUUAUAUGACAGUUUUUGUACCCAAAGCUCCUGUUUUGAUGUUGCCGUUACACAUUCUGUUUUUCAAUUUAUUUACCAUGAAUUUGUAGGAUUUGUCAUGGUGAAAACGAGUAUAAAUAGAGUUGUAAUAUUUUGAGUAAAUACGAAAAGAAUAUAUGUUAAAGAACUACGAUCUCCGUCCCAAAAUAUAUGUCCACAAUGAAAAUUGUACAAGAAUGUCUACACCUUUUUCAGCGAGUAAAAGACAGUUUUACCCUUAAUAUUAGGAGAUAGUUUUUCUCCAUCUCAUAAUUAAAGAUAGAAUUAGAAAAUAGACAUAUAGUGAAUACUUAUUUUAGGACAAACUAUAAUAGAAAUAUAGUUGAAAUUUGUAAGAAACUGUGUUCUUUUUGUUUCACCAGCAUAUUUGGAAUUACCGUUAUUCUUUUCGUAUAUUAUAGCUAUAUUGAGAUUUCGUUUUAAAGGAUGUACAACCGACCUUGCAAAUGGUACAAGUCAUCAAAUCCUAGAAGACCUCGACGAUAUGGGGUCGUGUUGCAUGGCAUUCCAGUGAAGACGCUUCGGCAUCCUGCAUGGCAUGGGCUGCAGCCUUGGGACAACAAAAUCACUUGAUUAUUAUC